AUGGCAGUGAUUAAAUAUUUAUUUAUCUUGGCAUUUUUAUUUUUUGGCAUUGUUUACGGACGUUCAAGGCGUGGAAAUAGUAUAAAUCGUGAUUAUAUGCUUCAACUAGUUAAUAAUGUACGCAGUGAUUCAGGUGUACCCCCACUUAAAAUGGAUAGUUGUCUUACUGAUAGCGCUCAAAGUCACACUUCUAAUAAUGGUUAUGAUUGGGAGUCACUUGGUGAAAAUAUAGCUAAUGGAUAUUCGGAUGAGGAUUCGCCACAUAGAAAUAACCUUUUAAAUCCAUAUUAUGUGGAUUGUGGUUUUGGACGUUCUGGUAAUUAUUGGACUCAAGACUUUGGUCGUACAUUUGAAGAAGACGAUGAUUCAAAUUCGGACUCGGAUCAAAAUUCUGACUCAAACUCGGAUGAAAGUUUUUAA